AUGGCAACGUUUAAGGAAACAAACUGGUUCAUACAGCGAGCUGGAAUUAAAUCCUCUGUUAGUUUUUAAGUGUUUUUUUUGUUGUUGUAGUUUUUCUGUAAAAGCCACUAUGGCGAGUGUAACUCAUCCUCCUGAGAGCAUUUAUAACCUUAUUCCCAAAGAGGAGGUGAAAAGUGAAAAAGCUCCGAGGUACACGUCGAAGUUCAGAGAGCAGGUAAAGCAGGAGACGCAGCAGAAGAAAGCGUCCAACAAGACGAUGGGUCCGGCUAAAGUGGACAUGCCUUCUCCGGAUAAAUACCUGCUGAAACACUCCAAAGAGCCCAAACUUCCUGAGAAGAAGCCUUUCUCGAACAGAAACGACGUCCAGCCCAGGAAGCCGCAGAUACCCGCUAAGACCGAGCAGCCGCUCAUGGGCGUCCACACCAAAAGAGACUUUGUGAGAAGUAACGCGGUGGAGAACAUGAUGGCGGUUCCACGUAAACCCCGAGCCGCGUACGCACACACCAAACACGGAGACAAGGAGCUGCUGGAGAACUCCGGCCUCGUCCCCAAGUACAUCAAGAAAAAGGAUUACGGUCAGACCCCAGAGUACCUGAGUCAGAGGCAGGAGGAGGUGAGGAGAGCGCAGGAGGAGUACGAUCACUACGUGAAGGAGAGGAUGAAGGAGGGAGCCAUGAAGCAGCUCUCUGAGGAGGAACGCCAGGAUAUACUGGACGGUCUGAAGAAGAACUGGGAUGAGCUCCAUCAUCAGUACCAAGGCCUGUCUCUGAUCACGGACACGGUGCCUAAGAAACACAGGAAGGACAGACUGGAGUCGGAAAUGAAGCAGCUGGAGAAAGACAUUGAGCUGAUCGAGAGAUACAAAACCAUCUACAUCGCUAAAAACUGAUCACAACACGUCUGAUUAAUCACACACACACACACACACACACACACACACUCUACACACACACACUGUAUAACUGCCACCACCUGGUCACCAGCAUGUGCUCUGAAAUCAGUUAGCGUUACGUAUGCGUAUGCUGCGUUUCUACCAGCAUCGUCUUGCUCUUAAAGAGAAAUAAAGGUUUUAGGUUUUAACUGA